CGUGAUUGACAAGAGCAUAAAAACAAGCUACAGAAGCAAGGUUUAACGAAGAUAGAAGAGUAUUAUCGAAGAGCGAACAGUCACUUUAGAGUUUGAGAAGGCAACAUGGAGCGAUCAAAUGAUAUUUACACAAUUGGGCGUUUGCAAGCUUUCAGUGAUGCUGUCUCAGCAAUUGUGGCCACAAUACUUAUUCUUCCGCUGCAAAAAGUUGAUAGGUCCAACAGUAGCGAUUUUGAAGCUUAUUUGAGAGGCCAUUAUAGUCUUCUUAUUAUUUAUUUCAUUGCAUUUCUUGUUAUUUGUUCCGUCUGGGAGGCUCAUAUCAUGCGAUGGAUGGUUAUCUGUAGAGUGGACGACAUUCUUGUUUGUUUGAAUAUUAUAAGCUUGUUAUUUGUUUCAUUUUUGCCGUUUGCUGUCCGUCUUAUUAGCAAAUAUACGUAUCACAAAACACCGUUUGUACUCGUCUGUGGCAUAAUGCUUGUUUUGGAAGUAAUUGAACUUCUUAUGAUAUGGUAUUCUUUUACUCGACAUGAACUUUUGCGUGCUAGAUUAAGAAAUGCAUAUCCUUUUGAAAUAGAGCUAAAGAAAAACUAUAUUAUGAAACGAAAGAUAUUGAAUCCUGUUCUCUUUAUCCUGGCUGGUGCCUUGAGUUUCGUGAAUGUUAAAAUUUCGUGGGUUCUGAUUUUGCUUGUAAUCAUUACACCAUGCAUCAAUCGUCUGCUUGAUAUGAUUAUUUAUAGAUCAACAUUAGAUCCUGAAGAGCAACGUGUUCUUAUUUAUGAGUAUAUCAUUAGCAAAGAAAGAGUGGAAUGUUUUACUGAUGGUGUUUACUCUAUUGUUGCCACAUUCCUAGUUUUAGACAUCUCAAGUGAUCAUUUCCCUUCAAAAGAAGAUGUUGCAGCACAUGGAGUAGAGAAGACUUUAUCAACUAUGAAAUCAGAAUUUCUGACAUAUGUUGGUACAUUUGGUCUUUGUGGUCUACUGUGGUUUGUUCAUCAUUCCCUGUUCCAUAAUCUGGAGAAAAUGAGUUACCCGAUGGUGAUUAUGAAUAAUAUAUCACUGUCAUGUGUUGGAACAUUGCCGUUUCUUGUGACCAUCUUGAACUCAUAUGCUGAAGAUGAAAAUAAGUGUGACAGAUAUGCUAUUCAGUUUUGUUGUCUAAUUAUUGCUGUUGCUGGAUUCUCGCAGUUUGUGAUCUUCACAUUAGGACUUUGUAACAGCUCAAGAUAUAUAGACUACCAUGUUAUUCCUUGUGGACCCCAGAAUAUUAAUCAUAAUUAUCUUCUCAUAAAACUAUUGAUUAUUCCAACAGUGGCCACAGUUAUAUUUUGUGCAAGUUUUGCAAGCAAGUUUGAUUCAUAUAUUACAUACCAUGUGCUAGUGUUUGUAACACCUUUGAUCUUCAUUUUUGUUAAGUUUUUGUAUGUCAAGUUAGUAAAUAAUCGACGAGAAACUAUGACUAUUAUUCGUAAUGAAGCACUAUGGAACAAUAGAUGAAAUGGAAGUACCCCCUGACCAUUUGAACAUUUAAUUUGGCUUCAUGAGUGCAAUGAAUUGUUGUAUCAAUUGAUGUGUGUAUGAUUUAAUAAAUUGUUAAAAACAGUUAA